AUGUCAUUUCAGUAUCCUCCGCCACCGCCCCAGAACGGCACAGAUAUGGAUAUCCAGCAUUCGGGGUACAUGCCUUAUCCCGUUCCGCCCUCUGGGUCCUCAGGAAUGGACCUUAGGCACAGCCCCGAGACUGGUAGAGAUCGAUCAGAUUCCUACCCGUUCGCAACGAAGCCGAACCGUUCCAUGUCUACAUCGCAAACAAGCCAACCACCGCUCACACCACGCGACCCGACGACACCUGACCAGGGUCUUUCAGGGGACAAAAGAAGGAACAAACUCGGCUAUCAUCGCACAUCUGUCGCUUGCGGGCAUUGCCGUCGUAGAAAGAUCAGGUGCAUCCCAUCCCAAAACGACGUACAGGCUCGAUGUGUCAACUGCAUUCGUCUGAAGAAAGAAUGCAGCUUCUACCCAGUAGACCAACAACCCCCGCAAGACACCCGACAGAAGUCGGUACAAAGGUCUUCUACCGGACCUAAAGUCACGUCCACAUCUUCAUCACCAGCGAUGCAAAGCGGGAUUCCCUCAGAAGUUCACGGUCAUUCCAACUAUCCACAUUUGUCACUAGCAUCAAUCACGAACAUGCCUCCCCCAAUGAAGCCUUCAGGUACAGAAGAUUACGCACCAGACUCCAAGAUUCCCCCCAGCGCCACAAGCACUCGAUCGUACGAAUAUGGUCAGCACGGUAUGGCUAACUGGAUGUCUCCUGACGCCGGUCCAAACACGUCCAAACCGAGCGACAUGAACCCGAACUGGAGAUCCUACCCGAGUGAAUCCUCCAUCACCCCCGCCUUUUCCCCUUACACGCCUCACGGUCCCCAAUCCGCCACUUGGUCAGCAGCACCCAUGGGCUCUGAGCCCUCGCGAGAUGACCUGGCGUGGUCAUCAUCGGGCUAUCCUGCCCCUCCCUCCCGCUCGAUGUCUUUUGGCGGCGGUGGCGACGGGAUGGCUAGCCAACAGGAUCCUGCGACCUCGCAAAUGGGUGGUGGUGUUGGUCGCCUGUAUGACCGCAAGUCGUCUGCUAUGUCCAGCGAUAUCUACCCCUCGCCAAUUGCUACCACCAUUCCUGGAAUCGAUACCGUAUCGGGAACAAGUCACGAUCACCAUUCGGCCAUCUCAGCUGGAGCUGUCCCCCCAGCCGGCUAUGCGUCGUGGCAGCAACCUUAUCAACAGUACUCCAAGCCUGCUGAGGGCUAUUCGGCAUGGUAUGGAGAAGGUGGAAACCAGCAGGGCCAUGGGAUGUAG